AUGGCCGAUCAUAUCGCACGUAUUGUUCCCAAGAUUGUCACUGAAAUUCAGGGUUCAAACACUCCUCCCUCCUCUGUUGACUCGAAAGCGGUCCAACCAAAACCUGUGAGCUUCAACUACAAACACUUCGUCUCCUGCAACCCUAAGUCUUUCACGGGCAACGAUGGGCUGACUUCAAUGCUGGAAUGGUUCGAUAGCAUUGAAGUUACUUUCAUCAACAGUGAGUGCCCUGAAUAUCUCAAGACUAGGAGUGCUACAGGUGUUUUCCAAGGUAGAGCACUAGAAUGGUGGACCAAUGAGAGAAACAUCCACUCCAAUGAUGAAGCUUAUGCUUUACCGUGGGCCGAGGUUAGGGAACUGAUGAUCCUCGAGUUCUGCCCUCCCCACGAGCAGCAAAACCUCGAAGACGAGUUCUGGCAUCUGAAACAGGUUGGUGAUGACAAUCUGGCCUAUACUACCCGUUUCAAGAAACUCAGCAUAAUCGUGCCACAUCAGGUGUCCACUCCCAAACACAUGAUCACGAAGUACAUUCAUGGGUUACCCUCUGCCAUUCGUGAUGCCAUUGAAGCAGCACAGCUAGACUCCAUUGAAGAAGUUUACCGAUUUGCAACGAGUCUAAACAACAACUGUGUUCGUGAUAAACAGUUUAACACACCUGCCUCCUCGAAACCAGCCAACCAAAUCACCCAGCAGUCAAGUGGUAGCAAGGGUAAGAAACAGAAGUCUCAAAACUCUGGCUGCAAUGCGAUUGUACCUGCUGCAAAUCCAAACCCUGCUUCCCUUGAGAACACCAAGAAGCCAUACACUGGGGUUCAUCCCAAGUGCGAUACUUAUCACUAUCAUCACCCUGCCAACUCAGCUUGUCGCCAUUGCACUUCAUGCAACCGCUAUGGUCACACAGCUCCUUACUGCCACCAGACCAACCAAGUUCAGCAAGCUCCCCAGAACCCCAAACCAGCAAAUAAUGCAUGA